AUGGCGCUGUGCGAGGCGGUGGUGUGCGGAAGCUCUCUGCUCUGGCCUCGGGUGUUGCUCUUCGGCGACUCCAUCACCCAGGUACCUUUUCUUUGCAGGGUGGGUGGGUGGGGAGUAUCGCUGGCUGACAGGCUGGCCGGAAAAUGCGAUGUUCUGAAUCGUGGAUUUUCGGGUUACAAUACCAGAUGGGCGAAAAUUAUCCUCCCGAGGCUAAUCAGGAAGGGGAACAGUUUGGACAGCCCAGUAGCAGUUACAAUUUUCUUUGGUGCCAAUGACAGUGCGCUAAAAGAUGAGAGCCCCAAGCAGCACACGCUGGGGGAGCACGCCGCGAACCUGACGUGCACGGCGUGGCACCUGCACUCCAUGGGCGUGCCCGAGGGCAGGCUUAUCCUCAUCGCGCCGCCGCUCUGUGAGGCCGCGUGGGGACCGCAGUGCCUCCGGCAAGGGUGCAAAUUAAAUCGCCUCAACUCGGUCGUUGGUGAAUAUGCCAGGGCCUGUUUACAAGCAGCCCAAGACUGUGGGAUUGAUGCACUUGACCUGUGGACCCUGAUGCAGAAGGACAGUCAGGACUCUUCUUCCUAUUUGUCAGAUGGACUACAUUUAUCACCAAAAGGAAAUGAGUUUUUGUUCUCCCAACUUCGGCCUCUGAUAGAGAAGAAAGUCUCUUCCCUGCCUUUGCUGCUCCCUUACUGGCGAGACAUAGCAGAAGCAAAAGCAGAACUAAGUCUUCUGGGAGAUGGGGACCACUAGUCACAGAAAACCAAGUCCAGCUGUUAAUCUACACAAAGACCCCAAGAUAAGUGGUCCCAGAAGAUUCUUUUCUCAGGUUUAA